AUGGGGUUCCUCAAUGGUUCCAUUCCAGCCCCUGCCUCCACAGACUCGUUAUUCCCUCAAUGGGAACGAUGCAACACACUCAUCAUGUCCUGGUUAUUGAACUCUCUAUCACCUUCCAUAGCUCAAAGUGUGAUCUACCUUAACAGAGCUAUCGACAUCUGGACCGAUCUUCGCGAACGCUUUUCCCAGAGCGAUUUACUCCGAAUCGUAGAACUUCAAGAAGAAGUUUAUGCCUUCAAACAGGGCACUCAAAAUGUCACUGAUUACUACGCUGGCUUAAAAGCUCUGUGGGAAGAAGUGGAUAAUUUUCGCCCCAUGACUGUUUGCGGUUGUUCUGCCAAAACGUAUCAUACACAGGACUUCAUCAUCAGGUUCCUUAAAGGUCUUGAUGAUCGUUUUUCAGUGGUUCGGUCUCAAGUGCUCCUUAUGGAACCCCUAUCGUCCUUGAAUAGGAUUUUUUCCAUGGUCAUUCAACACGAACGUCAACAACCUGAUGUCGUUUUUUCCACUAAUGAGCCCAACUCGUUUGCCAACGCUGCCAUGGACAGAUCUCGCAAUACCACAAACAAAGCCAACUCCUCCAAAAAGUGUAGCUAUUGUCAUCGUCCCGGCCACACAAUGGAUGUUUGCUACAGCAAGCAUGGUUAUCCACCGGGUCAUCCUCGUUAUCCCGGAAGGCCAAAAUUUAAUCCUCGCAUUGGUUCGUCAGCUCACAGCGUUGUUAGUGAUGCUUCUUCCGCUGAGGAGAAAGGGACCAACGAGAGCUUCACUCAAGAUUCCGGGCUUAAUUUCACUAGAGCCCAAUUUCAGCAUUUACUUAGUCUUCUCCAACACACUCCUCCUUCUGGUGGUAGUUCGAGCUCAGUAGACAACAACCAGCCCAAAAGUGUCAAUCUCUCUCUAAAGAGCCCAAUCCCUUCACCUGGUUCCAAUUUGGAUAAAGGGCCCAAUCCAUCCUUGCCUCAUCCUAAUGAGCCCAAUCCAUCCUUGUCUCAUCCUAGCCCAACUUGGUCUUUAUCAGACACUGAUUUCUACUCAUCCGUUCUCACCCAAGAAUCAAAUCCAUCAUUAUGCAGUCCAUAUUUCUCUAUAGAAAAUGUUGCAGACCCAAAUUCCCCUCUCAUGACCAAGUCCCCCAAUCCAUCCAUGUCCGAGUCCAAUUUGCCCUUCUCCUUUCCAUCUAGUUCAUCCUCCCCAAACGCAACCAUGCCGCAACAUAAUGAACCAGACCAAACAGUACCCCUUCUUCGUCGCUCAACUCGCCCACAUAACACUCCACCUCACCUUGCUGAUUAA